AUGCCAAUAUUUGGUGAAGCAACAUCGCCGUACGAUGAGAUUGUCGAGAAAGUUACCGCAGAGACUUGUACUUCGGAGAAUUGGGCGCUAAUUUUGGAUAUAUGCGAUCGAGUUUCCGCUGAUCAUUCCAAAGGUGCUAAAAUGUGUUUGCUUUCGAUAAAAAAACGAUUAAAUCAUCGCGAUCCACACGUUAUUUUAUUGGCUUUAUCACUAUUAGAUUCGCUUUGGAAUAAUUGUGACAGUAGUUUUAGACGUGAAGUUUCAUCGCGAGAGUUUUGUCAGGAGCUUGGUUCUAAAGCUACUCAUAGUAAUAGAUCAGUUGGUGAGAAAACCCGCUCAAUUUUGAAGAAGUGGGCAGAGAAUGAAUGUAAAAAAGAUCCAUCACUAGGCCUCAUCGAGACGCUUUAUAAAAAUCUACUCGUGGAAGGUCAUUCAUUUGAAAGUGAUCAACCGUCUAAGCCAUCGAAUGUAAAUAUGGAUCCCGAUGUUGUACAAAAUAGUGAAGAAGAAGCAGCAAUCGCACGUGCUAUAGCUCUUUCACUUGAUGAAAGUUCUCGAGUUCCAGUUUCAUCUCUGUAUCCUUCCAAUAUUUCGGAUUCCAUUCCACGUGAAGUGCGUGCUUUAUACGAUUUUGAAGCCGCUGAAGAUAACGAAUUAACAUUUAUGGCUGGUGAUAUAAUUACCGUAACUGAUGAUUCUGAUGUGAAUUGGUGGCGAGGAAAAUCACAUCGUGGUGAAGGAUUAUUCCCUGCUAAUUUCGUCACCUCCGAAUUAAAUGAACCAGAGGAAAUCGUGCCUGUAGCGCGAAUCGAUGAAUCAGUACUAAUUGAGUGUUUGCGGCUUCUGGAAGACUGUGAUCCAACCGGAGAACGACCAGAUCCACCGGAAUUGAAUGAUCUUGAAUACCGGAGUUUAGCUCAAGGUCCAUUAAUCGAUGCUCGUCUAGCUGAAAUAGAUAGGCAACAUAAUGCAUUAGCCCAAGUGGAUAUUGCAAUUCGAGACGUACUCGCUAUAUAUGAUCAAGCAGUGCAGCAGGUUCGAUAG